CACGACGACGACAGCUACCACACUCACACCGAUCAUCGUCGUCGGAGACUUCGAAAGUUCCAAAAAAGCUCGCACCCUCGUCAUUGUGUGAAGUGAACGCUGCACAAGUGGAAGUAUAUUUCAAUCGCUCAUCUCUUAGUAACAAUUAUUUGUGAAAAAGCGUAAUGGCUCGUACAAAGCAGACUGCCCGUAAGUCCACCGGAGGUAAGGCUCCGCGUAAACAGCUGGCCACCAAAGCCGCUCGUAAGAGUGCCCCUUCGACCGGUGGUGUCAAGAAACCUCAUCGUUACCGUCCGGGUACUGUGGCCCUUCGUGAAAUUCGUCGGUACCAAAAAUCUACCGAGUUGCUCAUCCGUAAGCUGCCCUUCCAGCGACUGGUCCGUGAAAUCGCCCAGGAUUUCAAGACCGAUUUGCGCUUCCAGUCGGCCGCUAUUGGCGCACUCCAGGAAGCCAGCGAAGCGUACCUGGUUGGUCUGUUCGAAGACACCAACUUGUGCGCCAUUCACGCGAAGCGAGUCACGAUCAUGCCUAAAGAUAUCCAGUUGGCUCGCCGCAUCCGAGGCGAACGCGCUUAAGUAGCCAUUUUACUCCUUCACUAUCAGCAUCAUCUCCCACGUUUCAACCAAAUUCGGUUGAUAUUUCUCUUGAUUUCUUUGACGUCAUCUUUCUAAACAUCUGACCCAAGGAGAAAAUUUAAAAGAAAACUGAUUUUAGGUUUAGUAUAUUAUACGCAGUCGUGAGAAAAUUCAUAAAAUUCAUUCGCGUUUAAAAACAAUUAUACAUUUAAGAUAGUAGUUGAUAAGGAAAUGUGUGAUGAACAUGAAGAAAACGGCAAAAACAAUUUUACCAUCAGAUUUUGUUUUCCCUGAUCCGCCACUGGUCGGGAAGCAAAAAAAAAUCUUGUAUACAAUACUGAAAUUCAGGCACAGACAGAACCGAAUAUUUUUGCCCACAAACAAGCAUACAUCCAUACACACAAACACAUACCCACACAUGAACAUGCAAUUAACUUUUUUUUCUUCAAUAAAGUAAGAAACAGAAUAGGUGUUUAUCUGUGAAUCUGCAAUUUUGUUUCUUCCUGCACAUGUAUAAUCAAAAUAGUUUUUAUUUUAUCUAAAUUUUAAGUUCUUGCAAUUUGUCUACGGAAGUAAUGUAGAGCAAACGUAAAAUUACAAGAGUUCAAUAAAAAUGAAUAAAAGUAA